GUUUGCGGUUCGGUACUUGUCGGUUAUAGUCGUUGACGAGUGUGGUGUUUCAUUUUUUAGCUGGAGAAGUUUUAUGUUGUUUAAUGUUUUAGAAGAAUUUAUGAUGUAAAUUUAACUAACAAUUUGUUACACAAUGGAGGAAUUAACCUCGGGGCUGGAUCCCGACGAAUUAAUGGAUCUAGAUGAACCUGAAGGUUCUGACCUAGAGGACGACGAAGAAGAUCUCAUAGACGAUUCUAUAUCACCGUCGUUUAUGUUAUCGUCGGCUCCGGGUUCAACAACAAAUUCUGUAGCUUCUUCUCCAAUUAGUGAAGAUUUCCCUCCUCCUUUUAAUUUUUCAGGCAAGCCCUUAAAUGUUAAGCGAGGACGUGGUAGACCUAGAAGAGAGGGAGGAAAACCGAGUGCGCCAAGAACCUCAAGGGGAGGUAGCUCAGGCAUAUCUAGAGUGCGCAAACCGAGACCGCCAGGCUUCAGUAGAAGAGGCAUGGGAAAUCGAAGUAUAAGACAAGUAGAUAGGUCUGAUUAUGAUUUGUCUCUAUUUACACCAUCGUCGAUGGAUGAAGGUUUUUUAGAUCCCGAAACAGGUUCAUUUUUAUUUCCUGAUCGUGAAAGGAUAAUUCCAGCUAUGGAUGAACCCCCAUAUUUCCCAGAGCAUUGGCCAGGAAAAGUAUGUGCCUUUUGUAAUUUAGGAGAACGGAGUCAGUUGGGGCAAGGAGAAAUGUUGAGGUUGAAUUGCCCAGAGGGGUUUUCGCCACAAAAAGUUGCGGCUGAACAAAUUUUAGAACGAGCUCUACAACAACCCGGUAAAGACAUAGGAGAUAAAAGCCCUAAAGGACCAGUGACUUGUAGACGUCAAAAAAGUUUUAAUAAAUGUAGACAUCCAUCUAUGAACAGCGAAUACAUCGAUGAAUUAACUAUCAUUGGUUAUAAUGAAGUUUGUGAGUUGAACAGUUUAUUUGAACCAAACGGGCAAUUUUACGUCCAUAGGAAUUGUGCUCUUUGGUCGAAUGGAGUUAAGAGAGCGGAUAAUUUGGCGUUGGUGAAUGUAGGUCCGGUUGUUUUACAGAGUUCAUCCAAAAAGUGUUCUUUCUGUAAUCAUUACGGAGCUAGUGUUACAUGUAAUGUAAACGGUUGUACUAAAAUUUACCAUUAUCCUUGUGCUACAGCCGCCGGUGCCUUUCAGGAAAUUUCUACUAUUACAACUUUUUGUUCCAAUCAUUUAGGACAAGUAGCCAUGCUUACGGAAGCAACAGCUUGCUACACUUGCCGUACCAUGGGAGAUAUAGCUAAUUUAAUGUAUUGCUCCGGUUGUGGGGCACAUUAUCACGGUACCUGUGUCGGUUUAGCACAAUUACCAGGUGUUAGGGCUGGUUGGCAAUGUCGAAAAUGUAGAUGUUGUCAAGUUUGUCGAACAGUAGGAGACGAAUCAAAAUUAAUGUCUUGCGAACAAUGUGAUAAAGUUUACCACGCGGGAUGUCAAAGACCGACAGUAACUUCGAUUCCAAAAUACGGUUGGAAGUGUAGGUGUUGUAGAGUUUGCGGAGAUUGUGGAGCACGAACACCCGGUGCCGGUUUAUCUUCCCGAUGGCACGCACAUUACACCGUCUGCGAUUCAUGUUAUCAACAAAGAAACAAGGGAUUUUCUUGUCCUUUGUGCCACAAAGCUUAUCGAGCUCAUGCUCAUAGAGAAAUGGUACAAUGUUCAAAUUGUAAAAAAUUUGUUCAUGGUACUUGCGACGCCGAAGCCGAUGUUACAACUUAUCAUCAAAAAAAAGAAACGAACCCGGAAUAUGAAUACGUGUGUCUGCAUUGUAAAAAUGCUACCGGUAGACUGAUAACAACUAAAAGAGCAAGUAUCGACGAUCCUUCUGAUAUGUCCGUUUCGCACGAAUCUUUCUAUGACGACACAUCGGAAUUCGAUCUACCAUCACCGGACGAAUUCGCCCGUAGCAUGGGUCUAGGUAAAGGGAAACCGUACAACGCCAGCAAAAUAGCCAAGAAGCGUAUGGUUUUUCCUGCUGGAGGUAGACCGAAAGGUACUGGUAAAGUACCGCCGGGGAAAAUGGGUUUCAUGAAACGCGUUCGCUUAUCAGAUUUCAACAGGAAACGGGGACAGAAAGCGAAAAUGCGCGGAAUAUUCGGAGUGCCCGGUGUCGGUCUUCAAAGACCGGUCGCCGACGGUAAAAACGAAGACGAACCGGGCGUAGAAAAUCGAUUGGUGUUGUGUUCGGCCAAAGAUAAAUUCACUUUGACGCAAGAUAUAUGCGUGAUGUGCGGUGCGGUGGGAAUGGAUCAAGAAGGUUGUCUCAUUUGUUGUGUACAAUGUGGCCAGUGUUACCAUCCGUAUUGUAUUAAUGUGAAAGUGACUAAAGUCGUACUACAAAAAGGUUGGAGGUGUUUGGAUUGUACGGUGUGCGAAGGUUGCGGUCAACGUAACGACGAAGCUCGUUUGAUACUAUGCGACGACUGCGACGUUUCUUUCCAUAUUUAUUGCAUGGAUCCACCGCUCGAUUAUGUGCCUCAGGGUAAUUGGAAAUGUAAAUGGUGCGCCAUGUGUCAAAAUUGCGGAGCUACCGAUCCCGGUUUUAAUUGUACUUGGAUGAAUAGUUCGACGUUAUGCGGACCUUGCGCUUCGCACCUCAAUUGUCCCAGUUGUAGCGAACCGUACAGCGAAGGAGAUCUGAUAAUACAAUGCGUUCAAUGUGAAAGAUGGCUUCACGGUACUUGUGAUUGUAUUAAAUCUGAGGAAGACGCCGAAAAAUGCGCCGAAGAAGGUUAUAAUUGUCUUUUGUGUCGACCCAGAGACGUACCUCCGCCUCAUUUAAUACCGCCUCCGCUUGCCAUUAAACCGCCGACUCCUACGAAAAGUCCUGAAAUGGGUAAAAGCACCAGUUACUAUUUGGACGGUGUUUACCUCAGCGAAAUCGGUAAUAAUUUCAUUAAAGCAUUAACUCUUGAACAUCACGGAUCUAGGAAGAAGAGAAAGAAAUUACCUACGGUACAGGAUAAGGAAGCUGGAAUCAUGGCUACGAUUGAAUCUGUCGUCGCAGGAGGAAACGGAACUAGCGGUUUGGAGGACAGCGCCAAAUUAGAACUUGUCGAUGUCAAAGACGAACCGCAAGAAUUGUAUAAAGAAGGUAUGAUUUGGACUAAAGAAGACGGACCGACUCCGGAAGGUUUCACCGUAUUCACCAUGGAAAGUGGAAUUAGCGUGUUGCGACGAAAGAGACAACGCAAUCUUCAAAAACUCGGAAUCGGUGGAUUUUUAGUUAGAAUGAGGGGUAUCAGAACCGGUCAAGAUAACGACGACAUCGAUCCGACUGUCGGACAGAGUUGUGGUGUUACUUCGAGCGAAACAAUCCAACCGUUACAAAACGAAGGGGAUAAACCCAGAAGGAAACCGAUUCGAAGAAAACCGAAGAGUAAAUUGGCCGAAACUUUCCCGUCGUAUUUGCAAGAAGCAUUUUUCGGGAAGGAACUUUUGGAAACGGUCGAUUGUAAAAAGGAAGUCGACAGUUGUAGCAGCGACGAUGAAAAAUCUAAUAAAUACAGAUCUAUUAAUCUAUCACAAGAUGAACUAAUGGCGGUAGCAGCUGUUUCCGGUAAACAAGAUAAACAAGCGAUAACUAGUAUGAAAGAUAGUCUGAAAGACGUUAAACCAUCUCAUUUCGUUAAAGAAGAAGAGGAUGAUAAUACGGAAGAUCUUAAAGAUGUUUUAGCUCUACCAGGAGAUUUACUUGAUGCCGAUUUAGUGAACAGUAUUAUGGAAGACGAAGAAGAACUUACGAAGAACACUGGAUCUUUGGAAGGUUUAGAUACCAAUUUACAGGAAGACGGCGAACUUGGAGAUACUUUGGGAAGCUCGAGUAAUUCAAAAGAGACCAAAGAUGAAUUGAGUGAUAUUUUAGGACCUCAUUUUAACCUUGAUUCGAUAUCGAACAUAAAUAGCAAAGACGUUGAAGAUAUAUUUAAAGGUGUAUUAACAGACGAAUCGCAAGAAUCACAAGAAAGCAGCAACUUUUCUAUUCAGAAUAAUAACAUUUUCGCUAAUAAUGUCCCUCAACAGAACUUGACGCAACAUCCUAUAAUAACACCGGCGACGGUACGUCCCAAAACUCUACCGAACGUUAGUCAAGUCAAUUUGAAUUCGCCUGUUGGAUUUCCGCCACCGUCACCAUAUCAUUCGGAAUACAGCAAUAGUCCUCAGUUCAGUCCGGCUUUUACCGAAUCGCCUAACGCUUGGGUAGGAGUACCCGAAACGCCGGAAAUCGAUAGUACUAAUGUAGGGGUUCCAUCGACCUACAAUCAACGUUCAUCAGAAAAAAUGAAAGCCGAUGAAAGUUUGGGUAAUGGUGCCACAAUUUCGGCAGUUUUGUACGCCAAUAUGAACCAUCCUGAAUGGAAAAAGGAAUUUCCAAAUUGGUCAGACAGAUAUAAACAGAUAAUUAAAAAAUGGAGGACUUUGAGUCAGGAACAAAAAGCGCCCUAUUUGCAACACGCAAGAGACAACAGGAGUCAGUUGAGGAUGAAAAAAGCUCAACAGUCACAGACCUCCAAGGAUUCUACCGCAUCUACCAUCACCACCACCACCACUACCACCAACACCACAUCCCCGAACGUGAUCAAGCCAGUCCAUGCCGCCCCAGCCCUAGCGACCACCCUUCAGGCAGUAACGCAGCAGUCCGUGGGAGCGGUAUCAACCGCUCCCCCGACUUCCAUAACAGAGGAUCAAGAAAAGAUGGCGCUGCAACAGAAAUCGGCUCGAGAAGCCGAACAGGAACGGCAAUGGAAGCAACUGCAAGCUAUAAGACAACAACAAACACAACAACAGCAGAAUAUUAUACAUGAACAAAGAGUACAAGGUACGCUACGAGGAGAUAUUCCUAUAGCUCGCGUCCAGAGACAGAUUUCCUCGGAUCCGAAUCAACAGUUUUUGUCCGAACAACAGAGCCCUCUGCAGAUUAACACGCCGCAAGAAUUGAGUCCUUCGGCUACGCCGACGCCUAGUCCUCGACAAUUCUUAGGGAUGAAAUCUCCAACGUUUCCUAUUCCUUCUCAAGUUCCUCAAACCGGAAUCAGACAUCCGACACCUUCCCAAUCACCUCAUGACGUAAGUCAAACCGCUACUCCCGACGGUAACGAUUUAUUUAUUCAACCUCCUAAUACACCCAAACCUAAUUUUCCCACUAGGUUACCUACGGACCAGUUCGCGCUCCAAUCCGCUGCUUCUAGACCCCAGUUCGGUAUACCUAGACAACAAUUACAGAAUUUCCCCAAUCAGGAGAUUAACAUCAAUCGACAAUUAAGAGACCUUUUGCAACGGCAACAAGUCAAAAAGUUGGACGAACUACUACCAGGGAAAGUUCAACAACAAAGAAUGUGGCCACCUGCAGAACAAGAAGGGGAAGCUUCAACUAGUACCGGUACUCCGAUUGCUAUUGCCUCAACAGCUGACACGACAUUCCGACAACCUUUACCUCCUAGCGUGGUACGACCGAGAGGAGCUCUUUCUUUACAAGGUAGAACAGCUCCAGGACAAAUUAGAUUAGGACAAAUUGAUGCCAGGAUGCAAGGACUUGAUCCUAGGAUGAGAUUGAUUUUACAACAGCAGCAACAGCGUUUAACAACUGGUAUCCAACAACAAUUUGUGCGUUUUACAUCGGCAGCUGCCCGUCCAGCUACUUUGGAACAGUACGAAUUGUUACAAAGACAAGCUAAUGCUCAAAUCCGCGGUCCCGAACAACAAGGAGCACCUCGUAUGGUCCUAAAUCAAGCUAGCGUUAUUCAAAGACCUCAAGUAGUUCAAGCAGCUCCUACAACUAGCGCAACUGAAAGUAAUUCAAGCGAAGAAGGUAUUCCAGAUAACGUUACAGCAGAACUCGAGAAAUUAGAACAAGAAACUGGUACUAUGGUUGAACUCCAAGGAGUCAGUGAAAUUUUAGGAGGUCUUGGAGACGACGACGACGAACUAUUAGCGGAAAUGGGCGCGGAUUUCAAUAUAUUAGAAUACGCCGAUCCCGAAUUGGAAACAUUAACCGGAGGAAAAACGAAUAUCUUGGAUUUGGAAUUGGAAGAAGAACCGGUGAAGAAAGAAAAAAUAUCGAGCGGUUCGACUCAAUCUACUAAUCCGAGUGUAACUACGAAUUCUAAUACAAUGGAAGCUAAAAAUGAAGAAUCGCAAUCGUCCGUUAAAAAAUCGGAACCAACGCUACCUCCUCCACCACCUCCACCUCUGGCUCUACCUCAACAGCAACCGACUGCGACACAGCACGCGGUUCCGGCUCCCAUUCAACAACAGCCGCAACAUCCUCCCCAAGUGUCGGCACCGCCUACAAUGCAUCUAACACCCAAUCAAAUUCACCAGCAGAUGGUGCACCAAGUCCAACAAGCUGCUGCCCAGGGUAGACCAAUGCCUCCAGGUUCUAAAAUGCAAACUCCUGAUGGUUUUGUCGGUAUUGUCAUGCCGAAUAAUACCGUACAAUUACAAAUACCGCCAAGUUAUCAACAGAGAUUAUUAUUAUUACAACAAUUCCAAAAUCAAAAGCUCCAAAUGCGUGUUGAUAAUACGGCGCCUCGUGUAGCAGUUCAAGUUGGAGCGGUCGGUCCUAGGAUGGUAGCUUCUUCGGUUCCGCCGCCUCCACCUCCGCCUUAUCCAGGACCUCCGCCUCCGUACCCCGGAAAUCCCGCUCAAUCUCAACAACAGGAACAGCCGCUCUUGUUAGAAGACCUUCUAGAACAAGAAAAGAGAGAACAAGAAAAACUACAGAACCAACCGUCUAAUCAAGAAGUUACCUCAUCUACAGGCAAUGAGAACGAAUCUGCUUUACUCAGCGAUCAGGAUUUCGAAAGGCUCAAAGCUGAUGUUUUCAAUACAGGACCAAUAAAUAAUGCCGCUUCUAAUAUCAAUCAAGGUAAUCCUCUACAACCGUGGCAACAACUACCAAACCGACAAAUACCGGCACCGGCACCACAACCUACGAUGGAGGUAACGACAAGAGUCCAGAUGUUUAAUGCUAAUUUAAUACCAGCUCCUCCUCUACCUCCCGAAAAUAUCGCAACGGAUCAAGAUAAACAGACCCAAAUGUUGUACGAACAGUGGCUGAAUCACCAAAACAACGUACUAUCUCAACAAUUGAGAUAUUACGAAACCGAAGUACAAAAAUUAAGGAAAACUAGAAAGUCGUUGAACAGCAAACAGCGACAAUUGAGGAAAUCUGGAAAUCAAUUGACGGAAACGGACGCCGCCGAACUACAAAGAAUAUCAGCUGAACAGGCCAUUUUGCAAAAACACUUGGAAUCGAGUAGAAAACAGAGUCGACAACACGGAAUGUUGAUACAGGAAUACAGAAACAAGCAUCCCGCAUCGAAGCCUAGACAGGAGCAAAUACAAUCGCCUCUAGGUCCACCAUCGACGUCACCUCUUCAUCAUCCGAGUACGUCGCAAUCUCCUAUGCUAUCGCCAUCUUUAUCACCUUUGACACAACAUAAUUCGCCGUUGAAUAGUCCUGGUCCUUUGGUUUCGUCGUCGCCCGGAUCUGGUUCAGUUCACAAUCUGUUACAGAGUCCGAAUAGCGUAACUACAAAUAACAUGUCACCCUUACAGGCGUCGUCUAUGCAAGCUUCACCUAUGCAACCCUCACCUCGAAUAGGUACACCACAUUCCCAAAGUGAAGAAAGUCCGGGACCUGUCCAAUCUCCUUCGCAAGUUUGUCUUCCACCUCCAAUGUCUAGAAUGACUUCUCCCCAACACAGAAGAGUGGUGACUAGUCCUGUAGGAAUGUCCCAAAUGAGAUUUGUCAGUAAUACGGUAUUGCAACAACGAGUACGAAUGCAAUCACCCAUACAAAACUACCAACAAAAAUCGGCGACGCCUUCCCCUCUAAACAGUCCAACUUCCCAACAAAUGAACGUCAAUCAACAACUUCAGCUACAAAAGCUGCAGCAGCAACAACAACAACAACAACAGAAUAUAUUGGAAAAUAAUCAAGGCGAUCCGGGCGUUAUACAUUCUCAAAGGACGACGCAACUUUUGCAACAUAGAAAUUUUAUAAGGCAACAAGGACAAGCUAUCGGACAACCUCAACCUUUAACACCGCAACAGCACCAGAUGAUGAUACAACAACAAAAACAAUUAGCUCAACAACAGCAGCAACAAAUAGCUCAAUUGCAAGUAGCUCGAAUGCAACAACAAAACAAUCCACCGCAUUCUCCUAUGCCACCGAAAAGUCCUAUGAUAAAUCAACAGAUAAUGUCACCGCAUUCUAUGCCACCUUCACCGAUGCAAAUGCCUCCUAAAAGUCCCAUGGUGGCAUUCAAUUCCUCUAAUCAACCAAAUCCGAAUUCUCCCGUAGCACGAAGUCCGGCGUUUCACCAAGGAAUAAAUCAACCACCUACUAGUCCGAUGACUCAUAAUCACAAUCAACCCCCGAGUCCUAUGGCCAGAAGUCCCAUGGUGAAUCAAAAUCAAUCACCGCAUAGUAUAAGGCGACCACCAAGCGCUAAUAGUAGUCCCGCUAUGCCAGAUCGUCCUCUAAGCGUAGAAAAUCCCUCACCGAGAAUGUCUUAUUCAAUAGAUCAUUUAAUGGCAGCAGAUAAUUUACAUAACAAUCACCCUUCAAUGCAAUAUAACGAUAAUUUUAAUAGCGAAGUGACCGAUAAUAAUAUAAGAGAUAAUAUACAAACAGGAGGUGGCAACCCCAACAACCCAUGUAAUCCGAUACCUACCCCACCUGACGUACCCAAAAUUCGUUACUUCAAACUCGGUUUAAGAGGAGGUGCGCCUAUGUGGGGAUUCGGAAGAGGAGCUAAACGUAUCCCAACACCACCGAACUCGCUCAACAACAAACCCGAAGAUAAAAUCGUUAACCAGGAAAAUAUGUUACAGAAAAUGAAAAAGGAACCGCAUUUGAGCAAAGUAUCGAUACUCAAAAGAAAAACGAUACCGCCGGGGAAAAUAGGAUCGCUCGUUAGUACGGAUUACAACGAUUUAGACGACAGUUCCUCGACCCCUCCGAUAACUCCGCCCCUAGCAACAACUAGCAGAGUUCAACAAAAAACUUUUCCGAAAAAAAUACUCGAAUCGAAUUCGAAGGAAUCGGUUAUAGUGAUGCACAGUCCGGAAAGUAAACAAUUAGACAUGAUGGAUUACGACGAUGAUACUAAUACCGUGUUAUCGGCGGAAGUUUCUCUAAGUUCGGCUGCUCAAAACGACGAAGAUAUGGUGGAAAUCGAAACGUUAUCUCAACAAGAUUUGGCAGAAGGAUUAUCGAGUCCGUUGGAAUCGGAUCAAAUAGCCGACGAAUAUCUAUUGUUUCCCGGUAAUAUGGUAGUAGAUUUAUCCGCCGGGGAACAUUUUUCCGAGAAAGAAGAAGACGAAACGGCAGACGAAGAAUUCAACGACGAUAAUAUGCAUAUUGUAAUCCGAAGUCCGACUACAAGCGACGACGAAUACAUAAUGCAGAGUAAAGGGAAAAAAUUCGAUACGCCCGAAUCGCCCGAUCAAGAAGAUAACGAACCGUCUCCGGACAUUAUGAAUUACGAAGAUAUGACCGAUCAGAGUAAUAAUACUCUAGAAGAAUCGAUUUCGACAAAAGAAGAUUUCGAAGAAUUGAUCGACGAAGGCUCGAGAAAAAAUAGUUUGUCCAAACAAGAAGUGACUGCUAAGCAUAUAAACGAGUUUCACAAAUACGCCGGGUUUUUAAAUUAUUCCAAAAGUAUAGCGCAAACAACGGCAACGCAAAGCAAAAAGGCAACACCGGCUAAGAUAGCUCUAGUCACCGGACCGAUUAUUCACAAUUUGACAACGACGAAAACGAAUCCUUCACAAACGCAAAAAGUUACCAGCAUUAUUUUAACUCAUAAUUCGGCUUUGAGACGAAACGUUUUAAACGUACCGAAAAUAGUUAGUACCGUAUCACCGGCGAUAACAAUAGUGAGCGCCAGUACUUCCCAAAUGGCGUCGAUAUUACCAUCCAAUUUUACGGUACCGGUUAUAAGUGCGAGCGCGGUACGUCAACUGUCUAACGUUAAAGUUAUCGAUAAACCAUCAUCGUCGUCAUCAACUUUAUCGAUAUCUAAAGAUAACGUUUUACCUAAAAAAAUAUUCGAAGACGAUUCGGUUUCACCGGAUAGCAGUAAUUGCGACGACGAUAAAUCCAAAGAUUCCUUCGACGAUAAAACAAGACCGGAAACAACAUCAGAAAUGAAAUCGACACUAUUUAAACCGGAACAAUCGAAAAAAGUUGAACAUUUACAAGUUACGAAUUUAUCUUCGAAAGAAUUCGUAACUAAACGAAGAAUCCCCAGCCCGGUUAUAAUCCAUAACACGCCCGAACUUAAAAUGACAGCUCAAAUAAUCCAAGAAAGUCAAACUAGAAUGAAAAUGACGGCCACAACGGAAACGAUCGAUUCGUACGAUUCAAUCGACGAUACGAAAUCAGUAGUUAUAUCGAUUCCUUCACCGACUCCUUCACAAGAACAAAUGUUGGAUAACAUAGCUUUCCAAGCGUUGGAAAAUCGACGUAGAGAAUUCGAUUCUAUCGAAGACGUUUUGGAUAUGAUAGAAAAUAUAACAGCAGAACCGCCGGCUAUAUUAGAAGAAAAUAAAACCGAUACUAAUAACGUAGAAAGUAAAGAAAAAGAAAUUAAUAAAUCGGAAUCGACUAAAUCAUCGGUACCACAAUUAUCUCCACUAUCACAACCGACCGAUUUAACUACGAACAUGGCUAACGCUUCACAACAAUUAAGAACUUUAUUAUCUUCCCUACAAACUACUUCUACUUCUUCCCCUACUAACGUACAAUCAAUGGUAAAAAAUUUCGGUCAUAAAAUUAGUAGUAGCUCUUCACCUACCGCUAGUCAACCGAUAGUCGCUUCACGAGUAAUACAACAAGCGGGAAGACAAUCACCGGUAGUAACCACCAUGAAUACCGUAAUAGUACCGAAUUUAAAACAAAAAGUCACUUCUUCGAACAGUACUUCGAGAAAUAGUCCCGUAAAAUCCACCACAUCCCAAGUCAUUACUUCCACCGUUAAUUAUAGAACGAUAGGGGGAAUACAAUUGAUGCCGGAUCAUCCUAAACUACCGCCGGUUACCAUACAACCGAAUACUUCGAUACAAAAACCCACAACUACGCAAAGCGAUAAUAAAAAACCAUCAUUAACGUUAACAGCGAUGUUACAAAAUCAACCGGCCGCUAAUAUGAUGACCAAAUCGACGGCGGAUACUAUAACCGCCGCUAGUUUAUUAGGCUCGCCGAUCAGUUUACCUAAAACCGGUUUCACUACUUCACUAGUUCAAGCGCAACCUACCGUAGUAGUACCGAUCAUAUCGACAUCGAUACAAAAUCAAACCUCUAACGUAACAUCAGUUAAACCGACCGCGGUUAAAACCACUACGGACACCGUUAGUGCGGCUAAUUUAAUCGGCGGUAGUUUAACCAAAACCGUUAGUAAUCCGACGUUGCUACAAACGAACGCGACUACUACGGUUCCGAAUAAUAACAGACUUCAACAACAUUCGACUACUAAUUUAUUACAUAGUCAAUUGACUAAAGUAGUUAGAAGUAAAUCGGUCGAUGAUAUUAAAGAAAUAAAACAAGAAGAUAAAAUCGAUGAUAAUAUAACGGAAGAUAAUAAAAUAACCGGUUGUAAAUUAUCCGCCAUAUCUACACCGAUGGUAAAUAAAACAGACGAUUCUCAAAACGUAUUAUUGAAAAAAUUAUUACAGAAUACGGCUUGCGCCAGUACUCAAUCCCCACCUCCUAUCGGUACUACUAACGUUUCGGUUUCUAAAGUUCCCAUUCGAGAAACUUCUUUCGUAUCGAGUCCGAGCGUAGUAGAACAACAACCGACUACACCUACCGUUACUACUGGACAACAAUUCGAUAAUAAAAAGUGUUUACCGCCUAGUAGAACUCCUAGCAGGGACGAUUUAUUAACCACUAGAUCGUUGAAUAAUAAUCAAGAACCGCAAACUACUUCGUCGAUUAAAAAAGAAGUAUCUGUACCACCACCACAACCUAGUCCUCUAUUACCUACGAACGAAGUUAAAAAAGAAUUUAUAGACGAAUCUUCCCAACAAUCCGAAAUAUCCGAUUACAGUCGACCCGAUAUACCGAUCAAAGAAGAAAUGGAAAAUAUAGAAACCGCCGCCGAAAAAGCGAUAAUAGAUAAAGAGGAAUUGAAAAAACAAAAGAGGAGAAUGUACCAACAAAAGAGACGACAAAAUCAGAUAUUGAAUAAAGAAUUGACCGGUCAACCGAAGAAAAGAGCGAGGAAAUAUUCGAAAAUAGAAGAAGAUUACGAUACGUAUAUCGAUGGGGUGUUGGCUCAAUUGAGACAGUUACCGCCUAUAACCGUAUCGGAACCGAUAUUGAAUCGAAAUUUCGGUAUAGUACCGUUAUUCGGUUCGGGGGAUAUGUCCAAAAUCGAUACCAAGGAAUAUUCGACUCAAUUCGGCGAUUUGGAAGGUACGUACGGACACGCCGAAUUACCCGGUUAUACGGACUUUUAUUCGACGAAACCGUACGGCGAUUUGGAUCCGAUACCGGAAAAAUUACCGGCAUCGACUCAUCGGGGUUUUUACGAUCAAGAAUUCCCGUUGAUUAGAUUCGAUACGGAGGAACAUAAAAAAUUCGAUAUGUUUUGUCGAGAAGAUACGCCGGAUAGUAUAUUGAGUAGUUCGAGUCCGGAAUGCGUCGAUAUCGAACCGCCUUGUAAAUUUAUGGGAUUGAGAUUGAUUAGCGAUAGCGAAGAGGAAGACGAAAACGACGUCGAUAGAGAAAUGAAUCGAUCGAAGAAUCGAUUAUCGCCGAUCGUACCGAUGAUUAGACCGGUGCCGAUUAGACUGAAACCCGUCGGUGGAACGUACGUCAAGGAAAAUGCCAGUGAUAACAAAGAAAAUGUCAAUACAGAUCCCGUAACGUCGAAAAACAAAUCGGAAAAUAAACCAUUCGUACCGACCAAAGAUUCCGGUCACGUAACAGUAACUUUAACAUUAACAUCAUCUGCUGCUGAAGAUAUCAUGGGGGUACUAAGAGAUUUAGCUAACAUCCUACAUAUACCUGCACCUACCAGUUACCAAAUAGUAGAAAGGACCACGACACCGCCGAGUCAAAAAUUGGGUUUGUACAGAACGAAAGGCAAAGACGGAAAAGAAGGAGCUCCAAUCGAUAUUCAAAGCAUCCUCAACGGCGCUACCAAAUUCUGUAAACAUUGCGACGUUAUUAUCUUGAGCAACAUGAUACGAAGAAAAGUCUCUGAUCUACCUUUCUUAGCCAAAGAUUCCGAACUAUUGAGCGACGGAGAGGAAUUAUUCUUCUGCAGCUCCACGUGUUACAUGCAGUUCGCCCUUAUGCACAGAUCACCGUCUAUAUCAGAAGAUAAAGCCGCCGAAAUCAUCAAUCAUCUAUCGCAGAAAGACAAUUUCGAAACUAAAAAUAAAAAUGCGGAAUCGUUGGAUAAUAAAUCGUUGGUGUCUCAAAGAUUAUCCUUCGGGAACCGAGAAUUGAAAAAAGAAUACGAAUCGAUGGAUACCAACGAUUAUUACGGUUACCUCAAUAAUACCGAAAAGAAAAACGUCGGCGGACGAAUGUUCGAUUGUUCGACUUACAAUAAACCUCCUGCUAGAUUAUACAAAAACGUCAGGUACAAAUUUUGGGCUCCGGGUUGUUUACAACCCAAUCAGAAACACAAGAUACCUACAGAUAAAGAGAUCAUGGAAUUGUUGUAUAGAAUGCAGAUCACGGUAAUGCCGCAAUUUAUGCCGGAGGAUAUUAGAAAGUGCAUGUUUUGUCAAGGUAUUGGUGAUGGAGUAGCUGACGGUCCUGCGCGGCUACUAAAUUUCGAAGUAGAUAAAUGGGUGCACUUGAACUGCGGACUUUGGUCCGACGGUGUGUACGAGACCGUAAACGGGGCUUUAAUGAACGUAGAAAACGCUCUGCGUACAAGUUUAACAACCACUUGUAUACAUUGUAAUACGUUAGGAGCGACUAUAAGAUGUUUUAAAACGCGUUGUUCGAGCGUUUAUCAUUUAUCUUGCGCCGUAAAAGAUAAAUGCGUAUUUUACAAAAACAAAACCGUAUACUGCGUAGCGCACGUUCCUAAAAACGAAAAAGAUAACGAAUUGACCACGUUAUCGGUAUCGAGGAGAGUUUACGUGAACAGGGACGAAAAUAGACAAGUCGCCGCCGUUAUGCAUCACACCGAUACCGACGAUCUACUCAGAGUCGGUAAUUUGAUAUUCCUAAACGUGGGACAGUUACUGCCGCAUCAAUUAAAAAAUUUCCAUACGCCGAAUUACAUCUACCCCAUCGGUUACAAAAUAAUAAGAUUCUAUUGGAGCAUGAAGAAACUGAAUAAACGGUGUAAAUAUAUUUGUUCGAUUCACGAAGUAUUCGGUAGACCGGAAUUUAGAGUUUUGGUCCAAGAACCGCCCGAAGAAGAUGUCGAAUUCGUGGAUCCGACGCCGAAAGGAGCUUGGCAAAAGAUAUUGGAUCAAGUGGCGUCGCUUCGAAGGGAAAACGAUUGUCUUCAAAUGUUUCCGAAAUUCACUACCGGUGAAGAUAUGUUCGGUCUAACUGAACCUGCUAUAGUUAGGGUAUUGGAAAGUAUGCCCGGUAUCGAUACAUUAUCCGAUUACAAAUUCAAAUACGGUCGAAAUCCUUUAUUAGAAUUGCCGUUGGCUAUAAAUCCUACCGGUUGUGCUAGAACCGAACCCAGAUUGAGGAAUCAGAUGCAUUGGAAACGUUCGCAUACUCAAAGGACGGUAUUAUCUACGGUCCGACCUAUUUUCGGUCCUUCCACUGCCGGAUCCGUUCCGAAUACGACGACUUUGGGCGAAUUGUCGUGUCCUUAUAGUAAACAGUUUGUACAUUCCAAGAGUUCGCAAUAUAAAAAGAUGAAACAAGAAUGGAGAAAUAAUGUUUAUUUGGCGAGAUCAAAAAUUCAAGGUUUGGGUUUAUACGCCGCCAGAGACCUAGAAAAACAUACCAUGGUCAUUGAGUACAUAGGAGAACUUAUAAGAACAGAAUUAGCAGAAUGUAGAGAAAAACAAUACGAAGCUAAAAAUCGAGGAAUAUACAUGUUCCGAUUGGACGAAGAACGAGUGGUAGAUGCCACUUUAUGUGGAGGCCUGGCGAGAUACAUCAAUCACUCAUGUAACCCGAAUUGUGUAGCUGAAACGGUCGAAGUAGACAGAGAUGUCAAAAUAAUCAUUUUUUCAAAAAGAAGAAUACUAAGAGGGGAAGAGUUAUCUUAUGACUACAAAUUCGAUAUAGAGGAUGAUCAGAAUAAGAUUUCUUGUAUGUGCGGCGCACCGAAUUGUCGCAAAUGGAUGAAUUAAGGCUUUGUUGCAAUAUUAUUAAUUAUGACAAUGUAAAUAAUCUAUUUACGUAAAUAAUUUUUUUUGUAUGUCGAUAUACGACGGUUUAUAGUGCCAUUUUUAUCGAUUGCGAUUUGUAUACAUUCCACUAAUAAAUAGCAAAAAACGAUUGACGAAAAAAAACGAUGGAAUUUAUUUUUCAUUGGAAUUAAAUUAAAAAAAAAAUAUUUACCAAAUAAAAAACAGAAAUUGUGUAACUGCCAUUCGAGUAAUAGAAAAAAUAAAUCCCGUAACGAUUUUUUUUUGUCAUUUGGACUAUUAUACGGAAAUGGAAACGUCGUUUGGAUUAUUUAUCGUGAGAUGGUAUUUUGAUAUACAAUAAUUAGGGACCAAAUAGGAAUAUUUUAUCAUUUCGUGAGUAAAUACGUUAAAUAUUAGCUUUUGGAGACUAGUCCCUAUUAUUUAGGUCGAUCGGUGGGUAGUUUUAUAAGAAAAUUAGAAGAAGAAAAACCGUUAAACAUUCGAUUAGUAAAUGGCGUAAGGAAUAUCGUUUUUUACCUUUCUGAAGGUUUAUACAAGAAUAAUUUUGAUUUAUACAUAUUUUAAAUGGUGGAAAUUUGACGAUUUUUCUCGAAAUUUUCUCAUUAUUUCAACUACCGAUCUUCGAAUCAUUGUUAUUCUCUAACAUUAGAUGUUUGUAUAUAUAAGCAAUUUAUUUAUUUAUUUCUUUAUAAACAAUAACUGCGCGAAUAUUGUAAAUAAUGUAAGAAAUGGAAACGCCGUUGUUGAGUAUAUAUAUAUAUAUAUAUAUAUAUAUAUAUAUAUAUAUAUAUAUAUAUAUAAAGAAAAUACAAAAAUUUUAUUUCUAUUGUAGAUCGAGUGAUUUCGUUGCCAAAAAUGACGUUAAACUAAUCAAAAACUAAUUUGGAGCAUAAAUGUGUUAUUUUAAACCUUAAUCCAUUUGAUUUUCUCCAUUUCUUUCAGUAUCUAAUGUUUUUAAUUUUGUUCGGUUGUCUUUAUAUUGGAAACGUUACUCAAACGACUCUCAAUUUCUUUAAACUGUUUUUCUCUAUCUCUAAUUCCGUCUAAUUAUCCUAUACCUCAUUUGAGCCCAUUCACGUUCUUUGCUUGAUCCUAAUGUCUCCUAAUACCCCGGUCAAUUUAGACAUUAGAAUUACAUAAAUUCUCUAUAAGCUGAAAAUUAGUAAAAUAAAAAUAUUAAUAAUAAAAUAAUAAAAGUUUUUUGCGAUUUUCACAAAAUUAUUCACUUCAAUUGUUUAGUUUCCUUUAUUUCUUCAUUAAUUUCUACAAUAUCAUCUGCAUAUUAUCUUGGAUCACUAAUUUAUAUUCAACCAAAUAUUUUUUUCUGUAAGUUGAUUAUUUUAAAACUUUAUACAGGGUCAAAAACAAUUAAUAACUAUCUAAAAAUAUUCAUCAAAGUUUGUAUUGAACUUUACUGAAUGUGUGUGCUAAUAAAGGUCAUUUUUGGUAAACUAAUUAAGAAUUGCCGUGCAAUAUUAACUUUAUAAGUUUUUAUAAACAAAAAAAUAUUGUAAUUAUUUUUUUUAAGAAAAAAAACUUUUUGCAUAGGUAAUGUUUUUGUAAAUAUUCUUUUUUGAAAGAAGAUAAUUUUAUUUUGAUUGGAUAAUUUGAUUUUUAUAUAGUUUUUAUUGUUUUAUCUUUUUUUUAAUUCUAGAUGAGUGACAAAAUUCACUUUUUAUUAGAUUAAUUCUUUAUUAAAAAUAAAAAAAACAUACAUACAUAGUAGUGUGUUUAUUUGUACAAGUUUUAUUUGUAUCUGUAAAAUAUGUAAAUACAAAAAAUGGAAUAUUAAGAAAUUG